AUGGCCAUUUCGUGGUAUUACCCGUCUGCCAUGACGUCUUUCUUGAUAUUUGGAUUCGCAUUCUCCAUUGGUCACUACUGCUACUAUGCAUCCCUCGAUGGCAAGUCAGCCGCGAAUCAAGAAUGGGCGAUUAGGACCGGAACUGCCUUCUCAUUCCUCAUAAAGUCUUGUUACGCCGCUAGCCUGGCCAUCGCUGUCAAACAACUCGUUUGGGCCAAAGUUCGUCAUACGGCAUGCCCGAUUAGCACAAUCGAUGCCCUAUUCGCCGUUACUACAGACAUCACUUCACUCCUCACGGUUGGACUCUGGGGUAAAGCUCCUACUGUCGCAAUAAUUGGGGUCAUUUUCUGGCUUAUUCCGCUUGCUGUCAUUGUGACUCCCUCAACGCUGUCUGUGGCUACGGCCGAAGUCAUUUCUCCACAGCCUUGCAAUAUCCCGAUUCUCGAUUUCAGAAAGGAAUUCGACUUUGAGUACAGGAGCCCACAAAGGGCUCUUCCCAAUGUUGAUUAUUCGAGGAUGAUCGAUUCUGGUACAAUACCAAGCGGGUGGCAUCCGUCAGAGGGUCUCUACGCCGGCCCUUCUCCCUUUCUGAUCAAGCAUGUCAAGCGUGUCUUCGUCAGUGGGCAAAACCUUGACACACCCUCCAUCUAUGGCCCAAACUGCACCUAA